AUGGGUUGCAUGUCGCGCGCGUGGAAGCCGUUUGUGUUAGCGGUGAGGCUCAGAAGGCGAGUCUGGCCGUGUAGUUUGGCGGGCUCUCCAGUCCUACGCUACAGCACGAAGACAGCCCCCCAUAUUCCGGGAAUGGAGUACCAGGAUGCCAUUUGUACUCUUAACACACUACAGACAAAUGCCAAUGCUCUGGAGCAAGUACGGCGAGAGCGGAGCAACCCUGAGCUGCAGCUUCAGGCUAUGAGAGGCUUUCUGGAACGGGCCGGCGUCACAGUAAAGGAACUGGACCAUCUAAACAUUAUUCAUGUGACAGGAACAAAGGGCAAGGGGUCAACAUGUGCAUUUACUGAGCAGAUUUUAAGAGGUUAUGGCUUUCGUACCGGAUUUUACAGUUCGCCACAUUUGGUCCAAGUAAGGGAGAGGAUUCGAAUCAACGGACAGCCAAUUGGAAAAGACCUCUUUACUAAAUACUUCUGGCAGAUUUAUGGACGUUUGGAUGAAACAAAGGAAGCCCAUGAUGGGACAAUGCCUGCAUACUUCCGCUUUCUCACCAUAUUGGCCUUCCACGUCUUCCUUCAGGAAAAGGUUGAUCUGGCUGUGAUUGAAGUUGGAAUAGGCGGAGCCUAUGACUGCACCAACAUUAUAAGAAGACCGUGGGUAUGUGGGAUCUCCUCUCUAGGAAUAGAUCACACACAGAUUCUUGGAGAUACCAUAGAGAAGAUUGCCUGGCAAAAGGGUGGAAUCUUUAAGCCAGGAGUCCCUGCUUUCACAGUCAAACAGCCAGAAGAAGCAAUGGACGUGCUGAGGGAUAGGGCCAAAGAGAUCAAUUGUCCUCUGAGAGUGUGUCCAGAUUUUGAGGACUACCAAGCAAGCUGCGGACCUAUAAAUCUCGGCUUGGCGGGGCAGCAUCAGCGAUCCAAUGCCUCACUGGCUCUGCAGCUGAGUCAUACUUGGUUACAAAGGAGAUGUUUACCAGAUGAAAAGUGUUUGGCUACCAAUGUUGAGACCUCAAGUAUACCUGAGGCAACUCCCUUUACGCCCUCCCCCGUCAUGAAAAAAGGACUGGCGGACACAGAAUGGCCCGGAAGAACUCAAAUGAUUAAACACGGAGCAGUUACAUACUUCUUGGAUGGUGCGCAUACCGUGCGAAGUAUGCAGGCCUGUGUAAAUUGGUUCCAAGAGGUUGCAGAACAGCAUGAAAGAAACGCAAGUGGACCUGUUGCAAGAAUCUUACUGUUUAACGCUACAGGAGAGAGAGACUGCGCAGCCAUGCUUAAACUUCUAGUGCCAUGCCAUUUUGAUUUUGCAGUGUUUUGUCCUAACAUUACUGAGACUGUCACUUCCUGUAAUGCAGAUCAACAGAACUUCAAUGUGUCAGUGGAGCACAUGCUGACUCGUUGCUUGGAUAACGAGAGAAGCUGGCGUCUGCACAACAGCAACGGGAACACUAAUAGCACCCCAUUACUGAUUGACAACUUGUCUUUGGUCCCUGAGGAGAAAGCGGACUCACUGGUGUUUCCUUGCAUCCUCAGCGCCCUCCAUUGGAUCACCCAGGGUAGGGAUCCGGUGUUGGCGGACCCUUCCAAAAAAGUGAUGGCAUUGAAACCCAGCGUCAUUGCUAAAGCUGCUCUGCUGUGCAACGCGGCCCAAAUCCACGUUCUGAUCACUGGCAGCCUGCACUUGGUCGGAGGGGCGCUGAAGCAUCUUGCCCCUGAGUCCUCAAAGUAA